CAAGUAUUCAUUGUUAUCAUUGCCCCACUUGCACAGAAUUGUCAUUUAACAUGUUUUCCCCAUAAAGAAAUGGAAAUUCAAAUAACUGAAGAAAACCCAACCGUUUGUCCAAAAGUCAAAAGUGAUGAAUUGCUAUCAGAAUUCGAGGAUGCCUACGUAGAAGGUUUUGAGGCUCUGCGUAAAGGAAAAGAGUCCGACUCCUCACUUCCAUCGCCAAUUAACCUAAACGUGUCUGAUGCCAUCAAAGUUAAAUUACCGAAUCUCAAAUGGCACAAAUAUGAUGUGAUACCACGAAAAAUGAAAGUAACAAAUUCAGGUCGAACCGUUAUUUUAAGUGCUAAAUGGGAUGAAGAAUUUCCUUACAUCACAGGCGGACCAUUUCGGCACGAAAAAUAUGUGUUAUCAGAUAUCCAUUUCCAUUGGGGAAAGACAGCCAAUGAGGGAAGCGAGCACUUGGCUGAAGGAUUGCAACGUCCUUUAGAAAUGCAUGUAAUGCAUACAAAGAAGGGAUACACUCUCAGGGAAGCUGUAGAAAAAGUCGACGGAACAGUAAUUGUGGUAUAUCUAUUUGAAAUAAGUUUCCAUCAUAACCCUGUCUUGCAAAGGAUUCUUCUCAAUUUGGAGAAUAUUCGGCAAUCUGGAACGGAUUAUCACUUACCGCCUUUUGAAAUCUCCCGAUUGGUGAUUCCAUUCGAAGAGGACUUCUACUUCUACUGGGGAACGGUAACCUCGAAGGAGGAAGUAUGCCCUAUGAUGUGGGUCAUCAAUCGAAAACAGGGAUCUAUCUCGAAUGCUCAGUUGAAGUUGUUUCAUCGUUUGUUGGACCCUAGCUUGCGUUCGAUAUCAAGAAACUGGAGACCUGUUAGAAGCAAAGAAAAGAGGAAUCUGUUUUAUGUAAAUCCACUGGCACCGAACACUUUACAAACAAUGGAUCCAAGACCGAUAUUAUACCAGGAGAAGGUUCAUUAUACUUCGGCGGUUUCGGUAGAAUUGGAGACACAUGCCCCACGAGAAAGCAUAGUAAGUGGUUCUCCAUGAUAAGACUAUUUUGCAAUAUAUUUUCGA